CACAGAUGACCCAUCUAAAGAAUCAAACUCUUAUGAUUGAGAUUUGGAUCGUUGGAUUUGAAAACCUCACCGCCUACAAGAUUCCACUUUUCCUCUUCUUAUUGGUUAUCUACGUACUAACCUGCUUUGAGAACCUCCUGAUUGUUUUUUUGGUGAAUAAAAGUCCUCACCUCCAUUCCCCUAUGUACUUUCUGAUCAGUAAUUUUAUCUUCUGUCAGCUUUUUUACACGACAAAUCUGGUCCCGCGCAUGCUGCAUGACCUGCUCUCGGGAAUCGGGGUCAUCUCCUAUCUCGGCUGUAUCGUCCAAUUGAGCAUAUUGGGAGGCGUGUCGGAUGUGGAGUCCUUUUUGUAUGUGAUGAUGUCCUAUGACAGGUAUUUGGCCAUUUGCCAGCCUCUGAGAUAUCCCGCCUUAAUGCAUAAUAGACUUUGCCUAUAUAUAGUGAUCGGGUUUUGGCUGAUCUCCUCCGUGGCUGUGGCGGUGGUUGGUUAUUUCCUAAUUAAUGUUGAAUUUUGUGGCCCCGUUAGAGUCAACCACUUCCAUUGUGACUUCACCACCCUGAUGGUCUUUGCAUGCUCAGACAUAGCACCUCUUACGUUUCUUAUCGUAGUCAUUAGCAGUGUCCUGUCUGCGGCCCCUUUUGUCGCGGCUGUUGUAUCGUACACCUUUAUCAUCAUCGCCGUCCUCAGGAUAAAGUCAUCCAAGGGAAGGAAGAAAGCCUUCUCCACCUGCAGCUCCCACCUGCUGGUCUUGGGUAUUUAUUUUGCCAUGAUGUUUACGUUAUACGUCGUGCCGAGGAAUAUUAAAUACUUCCAGGUCUAUAAAGGGAUGUCCUUCAUCUACUUAUCAGUGACUCCACUCAUAAACCCCAUCAUUUAUACCCUAAGGAACCAGGACUUUCAUAAAGCACUACGGGCCGCAAUAAGUGAAAUGAAACAGUAUGUCAUUGUACAAUAAAAAAUACACAUGGAUUACAUAUUAAGGGUUAGUCAGA